GCAGCCACAUCGUGAUCGUAAGUCGCAGUGUGCGCGUCGUUCGCGUUCGCGGGAUGGAGUCUGUGAGAGAGCAAAAGAAGCGUCCACCACCACCGAGUGGACGCUGGUUUAAUCCUCAACUGGUGCAACUGAAAGUGUUUCUGUUUCUGAUCUUUGGUGCAACGUGUGCACUCCAACCGUACCUCACGAUCCACAUGCAGAGCAUCGGGCUGACGGUGGAGGAGGUCGCUUCGGUUUAUCUGACGUUACUGUUCACCUCCUGCCUCAGUCCACCGUUGACCGGUUUUCUAAUCGAUCGCUUUGGUCGCUACAAACCGGUGCUACUGUCGGCGAUCGUGCUGAAUGCGGUGUCCCAUCACGCCAUUCACUUCAUUCCACCACGGAGCGAAACUGUUUUGCAACAUAACUACACCGUGGCGUUAUCCGUGGACAGAACGUUCUUAAUCGCGGAGCAGCAGGAUGGAACAGCAGCAACAGUACGCUGUCCGAGCGAGUGGCCACUGAACGGUGCGUGCAGUACAGGGACAAGCACUUCCUACACCCUAACUCUGACACGGAACGGAACUGAAGUCGGUGCCUGCGGUAACUAUAGUGUGUCCGAGUGCGCCCAACAAACUCUGGAAACGGGACUAGUAUUCCUGCACGAAAGGGAACCACUGGGCGCAGAAUAUGAUCGUACCUUUUGGGUUUAUCUGAUCGUACGCUUCAUCGCAACGCUGAUGCUCGGCUCCACACUCACCGUCACCGAUCCGAUCGCCCUAGAUAUGAUCGAACAGCACGGAGGUGACUAUGGGCGUGAGAAGCUGUACUCCAGCGUCGGUAUGGCCAUCUCGACACCACUCACCGGUCUCCUGAUCGAUAUUUACUCCCAAGGGACCGAUCGAACGGUCUACACGCCCGCCUUCUACACCUACGACGCGAUGCUGCUCUGUUCGCUCGUUUCCGUCUGGGCAAUACCGAUCGGGCGAAAGCCACCGGCCGAACACAUAAUGGGCCACAUGGGACGGAUCCUGCGCCUACCGCAUGUUCUCGGUUUUCUUGUGUUUCUGUUCCUCCUGGGCAACUUUUGGGGCUUCAUCGAGAGUUAUCUGUUUGUGAUCAUGAAAUCGAUGGGAUCACCCAACUAUCUUCUUGGGCUGACGUAUACCGUCGGUACGGUCGCCAGUAUUCCGAUGAUGUACCUGCUGACUCACAUUACGCGCCGUGUCGGUCACGUGAACCUACUCGUGCUGGCAUUCUUUGCGCAUGCCGUCCGGAUUCUCGGUUACUCCUGGAUCAGCAAUCCGUACUGGUGCUUUCCGAUCGAGCUGAACGAAGCGAUCUCGUGCUACUUCAUGUGGGUUGUUGCCACAACGUAUUGUGCGGUACUGGCGCCAAACGGGCUCGUUGCAACGCUGAUCGGUGUCGCCGGAAUGGUGCACUUUUGUCUCGGUAAGGGAAUUGGUGCAUUUGCCGGAGGGUUUCUAAUCGCUCGCGUUGGUCUACGGAUGGCCUUCCGGUACGAGGGAUACUUUGCGAUCGUUUGUGGUGUGCUGUACAAGCUGGUGCAUCUGGUGUGGUUACGUCGCUUCGAUCAGCAGCUACCACCGGAGAAGGUAACGGAGGAGCUGGUUAAAAGGAGACCUUCGAUACUACCGCGUGCUGAUCAGUUCGGAAGUGCGCUAUCGUUUAGUGCCCAUCACGCCAAGUGUCAAGAAGUGACGCACCCGGAAUCACAGGAAGCUGACAGUGCAGACCCCGCAGAACAGCAGCCACUCCAGAACCGGUAGAUAGGACGAGGCUCCAGUUUUCGGAGGAUUCCAAAUGAACUUCCGCAGAUGUUGUCCCAGCAUCGUGUCCCUAGCGUCUGCAGGGACUGGUGCAAAAAGGUUCAUCGUCGUCUUCUCCGCUUCCAAGUCGUGCGGAUAAACCUAUCAUAACGCGGGGGUGCGCGCGCACAUUGUGAUAAGCUAACAUAUGCUGCAGCUGCCAGCGCAUGGGAGACUCUUCUAACUUAUGGGCUUCAUAUCCGGGGAAAAAGGUCCCACCAUUAUUGCUCCAAGCUCACCAAA